UUGGGGGAAAUGCAUACGAUUGCAAAAGCGCUCAGGGUGCCGGCAGGAAAUUAACCCCUCCGUGAUCGGGGCCCCAGGCUCCGUGAGUCACUGCUGGCUUCCGCCAUUCUCGAGCGACGGUAGGAUGGCUUCUAUGCACCUGAACCGCUUCUGGGAGUGGGGGAGGAAGAUCGUCUGUGUGGGGAGGAAUUACGCUGAUCACGCCAGAGAGCUGAAGAAUCCGGUGCCCUCUGGUGAGCCGCUGCUGUUUCUCAAACCGCCCAGCGCCUAUGUGAGGGAGGGCUCGCCACUUCGUCUUCCCUACUAUUGUCAUAAUCUUCACCACGAAGUUGAACUAGGGGUGGUGCUGGCCAAGAGGGGCAGAGACAUCCCGCAAGCAGAUGCCAUGGACUACGUGGGGGGCUAUGCUCUGUGCCUGGACAUGACGGCCAGGGAUGUCCAGGACGAGUGCAAGAGGAAGGGCCACCCCUGGACACGAGCCAAAGCCUUCGACUGUUCCUGUCCUGUCAGCGAUUUCAUUCCCAAGGAAAAAGUCCCGGAUCCGCAUCACCUGACACUCUGGCUAAAGGUUAAUGGCCAACUGAGGCAGCAAGGGCACACGUCGCAGAUGAUAUUCCCCAUUCCCUUUCUCAUUCAUUACAUCAGCGGGAUUAUUACGAUGGAAGAGGGCGAUCUGAUUCUCACCGGCACACCUGCAGGAGUCUCUGCCGUGAAGGAACACGAUGAAUUGCAAGCUGGGAUUGACGACCUCAUUACCAUGAAGUUCAACGUGGAAAGGCGUUAAUUUUACAUCGUACAUUUACGUGAACGUGUCGUGACACUGCAUUUUUUUGGUACAAUAUUACAGCGUGCAAAAGCGUCUGCUGCAUACUGAAUAAAAUACAGUAGCAGCCCCAUUGGCUGAACUCAAAUUUUAUGAUCAACUGAAUCAGCAAUUGAUCCAAAUAAUUGUAGUAUUUGAAACUGUCCAAAACUAAAAUAAAUGGUCCAGUAUCAGUAUCUUAAUGAAUACUAAUCUGGCAUAACUCCACGUCUACCAGAUUCGUUAUUUACUAAAUUUUGGCCUAGAAAUUCUGUGCAGUGGGCGUUGUCAUGUCGAUCUUGGACGUUGCAGCAACAAUUGCAUGAAUGUCCUGUCCAGUCUGAGUGCGGGCUUGUAGGGGUGAAAGAGCAGGCAGUUAUGAUUGAGGAGUGGAGUCAGUUUUAGAGCAAGGUCUUAUUUUAUAGGAGGCAAUGGAUUUGCUGAUCUUGACUAUCAGGUAAACUGCCAAGGUGCUGGUGUGUGCAAGAUCAGAAUCUCUAAUAAUGAUUUUGUCUGAUUAGAGAGUAGAAAUGGAUCAGAGAUAUUGGAAUGGGAAGUGUGAUCUGUAAGAUUAAAGAUGUGACAGUUGAUUUAUUUGGGUCUUAAUCCAGAACAACAUUGUAAAGCCCAAUUGCCCUGGUAAUUUUCAACUGUUGCUACUUCUGGGAUAAUGUUCUCACAAUCUCUGAGGAACACCAUAUUUGACUCAAUUAUAGACAAUAGGUGCAUAAGUAGACCAUUUGGCCCUUCAAGCCUGCCCUGCCAUUUUGAGAUCAUGGCUGAUCAUCUACUAUCAAUACCCGGUUCCUGCCUUGUCCCCAUAUCCCUUGAUUCCCCUAUCCAUAAGAUACCUAUCUAGCUCCUUCUUGAAAGCAUCCAGAGAAUUGGCCUCCACUACCUUCUGAGGCAGUGCAUUCCAGACCCCCACAACUCUCUGGGAGACGAAGUUUUUCCUUAACUCUGUCCUAAAUGACCUUCCCCUUAUUCUCAAACCAUGCCCAUGGUACUGGACUCUCCCAGCAACUGGAACAUAUUUCCUGCCUCUAUCUUGUCCAAUCCCUUAAUAAUCUUAUAUGUUUCAAUCAGAUCCCCUCUCAAUCUCCUUAAUUCCAGCAUGUACAAGCCCAGUAUCUCUAACCUCUCUGCGUAAGACAGUCCAGACAUCCCAGGAAUUAACCUCGUGAAUCUACGCUGCACUUCCUCUACAGCCAGGAUGUCCUUCCUUAACCCUGGAGACCAAAACUGUACACAGUACUCCAGCUGUGGUCACACCAGGGCUCUGUACAAAUGCAAGAGGAUUUCCUUGCUCUUGUACUCAAUUCCCUUUGUAAUAAAGCACUAUUGUAAUAAGCAAUUGAUAGCACUAUCUCCCACAAUGCUUUAAAAGCACAAGGACUGACAGCAAAACAUCACACAAAUGACACAGAUGUGUGUUAAGUGUGUAAGGGAAGUGCUUGGUGAAAUUUCUAGAUAUCUGCCAGAAAAAAGAAUCAAAAACAUCAUGAUGGGGGGAAUGAUCAGUAAUUUGUGUCCACACCUUCAGCCCACUAAAGGUGGAGGAAAUAAUAAAAUACUUUAUUUGCUGUAGGAAAAAAACUAGGUUUGUUAAAGGAGUUAUAUCAAACUUCUAAAAUUCAUUUUUAUAUUAUGUGGUUUUGCAGGCAAGGCCCAUGUUUACUGUCCCUACUUAAUAGCCCUUGAGAAUUCCGCCUCGGUUCUUCUAGUGAAGGUACUGUCACACUGUUGGAAAGGGAGUUCAGGAUUUUGAUCUAGUGAUUAAUAGAGAAAUUCUGAUUAAUAUUUUCAAGUGAAGAUGACGAAGGGAAACAUGCAGAUGAUGAUGUUUCUAUGCACCUGCUGUAUCCAUCCUUUUUGCUGGUAGAGCUUUCAGGUUUUCGAAAGUGCUGUCAGAUUAACCCAGGCAUUGUCUGAACAGUACACAUUUCAAAGAAAGUGCAAUAGUGGUGAAGGGAGUAAAUGUUUGUCAAUCAAGGUGCAGGAGUAGGCCAUCUGGCCUGUCAAGUCUGUUUUGUUAUUCAAUAAAACCAUGGCUGAUCUUGCUGUGGACUCAGCGCCAUCUCUCUGCCAUUUCCCCAUAAUUCCACUACCAUGCAAAAAAUCUAUCCGUAUCUUAAAUAUAUUAAAUGAGAUUGCCUCCACUACUUUCCUGGGCAGAGAAUUUCGCAGGUUCACUGCUCUCUGGGAAAAGUGGUUCCUCUGCAUUUCCAUCCUAAAUUUGACCGUUUUAACUAUCUGGUGUAGAAUGAAUUCCAUUUUAUUACUAAUUUGAGCUUAAAGUAAAGGCUUGGCUAAAUUUUACCUCUUCAUUUAAGAAAUGUAGAGAUUACAGCUGAAUCAAAAUCAGGAUUAAUAUCACUGGCAUACGUCAUGAAAUUUGUUAACUUAGCAGCAGCAAUACAAUGCAAAACAUGAUAAUAUAGGGAAAAUAAGUAAAUCAAUUACAGCAAGCAUAUAUAUGUAUAUAAAGUGUUAAAUUGAAAAUAGUUCAAAAACAGUUAUAAUUAAAGAAGAGGUAGUGCUCAUGGGUUCAAUGUCCAAUGACAGAGUGGAAGAAGCUGCUUCUGUAUCAUCAGCACAUUUACAGAUGGCAUUUGAGCUAUGCCUAGCCACACAGUCAUGGGUAUAGAGAGAGUAGAGCAGUGGGCUAAGCAAAUUCCUGAGGAGCGCCAGUGUUGAUUGUUGGCAAGGAGGAGAUAUUAUUACCAAUCCAGACAGAUUGUGGUCUUCCACUUAGGAAGUUAAGGAUGCAAUUGCAGGGGGGGGUACAGAGGCCUGGGUCCUGUAGCUUUUUGAUCAGGACAGUAGGAAAGAUGAUGUUAAACAUUGAGCUGAAAUUUCUACAUUUCUUUGAUAUAGAGAUAAAAACAGUUAAAUAACGCCUUCACUGCUAAAAGUCUUAAUGUUAUUCUCCAUGAUAUUUAUAGCUAGUUCCAUAAAUUGGCCUUUGCUGAAAAUAUGUGAAACGAUAUGAGACCUAAAUUUCCUAAUACUGAAUCUAGUGGUAAUGAUUGGAAAGAAAAAUCAACAUUGUAACAAAAUAUAAAUUAAUACAAACCACAGCAUUAUUCAUUAAUGAAAGUAUUUUUUAUUCUUUUUUAAAUAAUUUUAAUUCCAUCCAAAAAUUAGACUAUAGGUAGAACACAUAAAUUUAAUUGCCAUGUUUCAUUCUGUAAUAAUUAUAUUUCAUUCUGUACAAUUUUAUAAUGGAAAUUCCUAUGCACAUAUGUCAUACUACAUUCUAAGAUCAAUGGUGGUAUUGAAAACUUUACCAAUAGGUUUUAGGAUGAACUAAAAUGUGAUACUGAAACUGAUUCCAUUAUAAAUACAGGAAUUUAAAAUUAAAUAUCUAGCAGGAAAUAUGUGUGGCAAAAGACCUUUAAUAUACUUCAGAGCAAAAUGCAAUCUGCUCUGAAAAAUUUCAAAGCUAUUUGCAAAAUAAAUGUCUACAUUGGAAAUAACAUUUACCUUUGUCACCCUUGUUGAGAAACUGCCAAGGAUAAUGAAACUUUAAAAUAAACCAUUAAAUUGGGACUUAAUAGAAGCUAUCAGAUGCCAUCUUCAUGCCAUGCCACUCAGAUACAUUGGACGUCUGCACUAUUUCUUGGAGAGUGACAUUUAAUGGGAGAAGCUGAGAAAACAGGUUUGCAUUGGGCUAGAUACCAAUUGCUUUACAAAACCCAUUAUAAUAGUGCAGAAGACAACCUUUUAGAAACAAUUUUAUGCUUCUUACCUUUAGAGUUAUGGUAAUCAAAUUUUCCAAGGCAAUUUUAAAGUUAGAUUUCUAUUGUUCUUUUAAGAUAUUUGAGACUGGUUUACAUGAGUGAAAAUAACAUGGUAACAAGUGCACUUUUGAGAAGAACAGAAUAUUCAAAUAUUUGAAGUAAGUAGCAAUACUAAGAUAUGUCUCAAAGAGUGUUCAUAGCCAUAUUCAUAGCACAAUUAAAACAGAAUGAUAAACAGGAAAAUAUUGUAACAGAAUUUCACUUACUGACUACUUCAAGAUAAACUGCCAAAUUCCAUGUUGUAAAUGUAAAUCUUUUAAGAUGUUGUGAUUAUUGUGACAUCACAAGAAUUAUCACAAACAUUUAAAAAUAACUGUCAUCAAUAUCUAUAUAGUGACUUCUAAAAGAUCGGUUCCAAUUCUGCAAUAUCUAAUGAGAAAUUUUGGGUUAAUAGUGAUAAAGUACAAUCAGAUGUUAUGAUAUACAUGUUGUUAUACUGAAUGAGUGUGAAAAGUACAGAGAAAUUGGAUGAUUCAAGGAGGACCAACUAAGCUCCAAGGAUUAACAGUAAACUUAAUUUAACUCUUUAAACUACAUUUUCUGUGGAAAUGUGAACUUGAGAAAGUGUGACCAUAGGUUUUAGUAUUACAUGUCAUUCCCUUGCCUGUGAACUAUUACAUUUUUGAAAUAUAAAGUUUGAUAACUUUCAUCUAAAUCAAAUAAAUAGUAAGUACUAUACCUAUUAAUAUAUAUAAA